AUGAAGGUGAUAAUAUACUUGUUACCUAAACCAUUGCAUGUUGUAUCUUUGAUUAGCAUCAGCAAGUACAAACAUACAGUAUCCAGCGCGUACUUUAUGAAAGAAUUCGAGUAUCAGAUUAGUUCACCUUUGUAUCUGGGCACUCAUUGGAGUGAGAGGAAAUUGCCAGGUGUGUUGACCGUGGCUGGAAGCGAUAGCAGUGGUGGUGCCGGCGUUGAAGCCGAUGUAAAGACAAUUAGUGCUCAAGGAUGCUAUGCUAUGACGUGUAUUACUGCAUUGACAUGUCAGACGCCCGGAAAAGUGUAUUCUUUUAUCAAUACCGAUGAGCAGCAUAUCAAAGAAAUUCUUGGUCAUAAUUUGAGAAGCAUGAGAUGCGAUGCGAUUAAGAUCGGGAUGCUCAACUUAGGAGCUUUGAAAGCAGUAGUUUCCCAGUUGGAUCAGAUCAAAGUGCCUAUUGUUUUGGACCCCGUUAUGGUCGCCACUUCUGGAUCCCCGUUGAGUUCAGGUGACGUAUGGGAAUCCUCUGAGAUCAAACUUUUGAUGGAUAAAGUGGCUUUAAUUACACCUAAUAUACCUGAAGCUAAGGCACUUAUCCGGGAUGAAAGUUACGAUCUGAAAACUGUGUCUGAUAUGGUGGCUUUGAGUAAACGUGUCGCUGCUGACUGUCGUUGUAACGUUUUGUUGAAAGGAGGUCAUUGUCCCAUCGAGGGAAAAGUGAUUGAUGUGUUGUUUGUCGAUGGACAAGUGUACAUCUAUAACAGUGAUAGGCUAAAUUCGGUUAAUUUGCAUGGGACCGGAUGCACAUUAUCCAGUUGCAUCGCGUCCAAAUUGGCUUAUAACGUUUCUUUACCCGAGGCUGUUUAUCAGAGUAUUCAAUACGUUCAUAGUGCGAUCAUAUGCGGUGAAAAUAUCAAAGUUACCAAUUGCACCGAGAAUGGGCCCUUGAACCACAUUUACUCUACAGCAAAAGGUAUACCACACGUAAGCAACGUGGCAAUGGAUUAUGAAAGCAUGCUUGCCUUACCUUCUGUGAAACAAUCAUGGGAGAACUAUAUCAAUCAUGAAUUUGUGGAAAUGGUCAGCAACGGUACCAUGAAUAUGGAACGCUUCCAUAAGUAUUUGAAACAGGAUUAUAACUAUUUACAAGUGUUUGCUAGAAUCCACGCUAAGUUAGCUGCCGACACCGAAGAUUUGGAACAUUUCGAGAGGGAAACAAUGGUAUUACAGAACAUUAUCCACGAGAUGGCUAAACAAGAGAGCAUUCUUGGAGAAAACAUCAAGACUCACGUGAAAAGCAUAGAAAUGCUCAAUUACACCAAUUAUCUAAAAGAAGUAGCACAAUACGGUACCUGGGAACAGUUGUACACUGCCUCAAUGCCUUGUUGUCUGGGAUACGUUUUCGCAGUCAGAAAGAUCGCCGAUAAGAUUACAGUCACUGAAGAAUCGCAUCCCGAUCUGUACCAAUGGUUACAAGAAUAUCUGCGCCCUGAUUUCUACGAGGCUGCACUAGAUGGUAUCAAGACCCUUGAUAUAAUCCUAAAGCAAUCUCACGACGCACCAACUUUGGUCAAGAUUUUCCAAGUAGUAUGCGACCUUGAAUGUAAGUUCUGGGAUCAAUAG